AUUGUUGACCAAAUUGCGAUGUAUUCAUUUGCUUAGUCAGCGGCUUCAGAAUUCAACACAAGUAAACAAUUCUAGAAAUGAUGUCACCAAGACAUCCGUUCGUCCGUCAUCCGAGGUCAUCCGUCACAUCCGAAGAUAUUGAUACACACAUACCCAGCAAUGGCGGCGAUCUUCACUUCCUCCACCUAUACCUCCUUGCUCAGAAAUGACAAUGCAGGCUAACAUGCCAUCUUGGGUAUCGCACUCCAAUUUCUUGUCUCUCUAUCAUUCCCUUUGGCAACAACAAGACCAGUCCGUCGUGAGGAAAGGGCUGAAGUGUUAUGUUCCAGAUUUGGAGAGCAUAGAGGGGGUGCACCCCCUCACCUUCGACGCCAUUGACCUAUCUGGAUGCCCUGGUGCUGAAUUACCAAACGGAGUAACGUCCAUGGUCAUCCGUUCAGAGUAUGAAUUACUCUUUGAACACAUCUCCGCAAUCGAGCGCAAUUUUGUCGUGCAUGGAUCAGCAGGUAUUGGGAAGACACAUUUCUUAGCAUAUCUCCUCGUCAAGCGACUUCUCGCUCGCCAACCAGUGACGUACCAAAUUGACCAACUACACUCGCGCGUUAUGUGCUUCACCGCAGAUGGGUUUUUCACCCUUCCCGAGGAGAACAGCGAGUAUCACCCCCUGUUCAAACGCGAAGAUGUGUGGCACCUCGUCGACAGCACGCAUAUAAACCCCAGCACGCACCCGAACACCGCCCACACUCAGGCGUUGAUGUGGGGCACGUGUGGCAAGGCCAUUUUCACCACGUUUUGGCCGGACAGCCUGGGCUUCAAAGUCGAAUGGUCACCUGGAUAUGAAGUUUCUCUUCAGCGAUGGAUGAAACCAUGCACCUGGGACGAGAUUUUUGCGAUGAGUGCUCUUGCUGCAAAAAAGCACGAUCCAGAGGCUCUCCUAUGGUCUUACAUCCAUUUCGGGUCCAAUGCGCGCACUUGCCUGCGAGCGUCUCGCCACGCCAGCUACGCCGAUUAUUCCCUCAAUGAAUUGGAGUGUGCUUGCGAUAAUUUCUGGUUUCUGCAUCCCGCAUUGCGCGAACAAGAAGCCCAAUACAGCCGUAACCUCUUCGCCGUCCAACCUGGAGAUAACCGCACAGAGCCGCUGCCCUACCCGGUAUCACAGGUUGCCAGCAGGCUCCUCGCAUAUGGGAUCUCCUCCUUAGACCCCUCUUCUGCCAAGGACGCUGUCUACAACCUGAUCAACUCAGAGGACACCGAGGAGGCGGGCAAGAUCUUAUAUCGUCAAACUGUGGUAGCGCUCAUAUCCAGAUUCGGAGGGGCCUUCGAGCUUAGGUGUACCGACUCACAAGGGCAUUGCCAACCAGCACACGAAGACCUGAUCUUGCGUGCCAAGCUUGACAUCGCACACAAGGAACAACGGGCUGUGCUGCCCUCAAGCUAUGCAUAUGGCUCCCAAGGCGAACUCGUGGCACUAGCUGAGAACUAUCCGCGCGUUCUUCACCCCCCUAAGCAUGCGCUUAUUCACCCAGGCAUUGACGCGAUCAUGUUCGACGACAGCACCUCCACAGUCUGGCUUAUGCAGGUGACGUAUGGACACCCGCGCCCAAUAUCUCCCCAUGGUCUGCUCUUCCUGCUAAGCACCAUGCGAGGCAGCGCCUACGAACCGUCCCCCGUCCGCCCCUGGAAACUCGUAUUCGUAUCACGCGAGCAGGCCACCACAGACUUCUUCCAGCUAAGUGGGCCGAGAAAGAUACAGUUCUUUUCCUCCGUAUUCUGGGACCCACGGAUCAAGCCAUACGUCAUGCAGCUUCGCGAAGCGGACAACUCUUCAAGUAGCCCGUACGAGCAGUGGGGCUUCCCCCACAAGAUCCGACGGAAGAACUCGCUCAGCCUCCCGCGGCACCUUGCGAAUUCGCUGGUGCGUCUGAUGCGCAGGCCCCAGCGGGGACCUGGACCAGAUAGCGCAGACCAGGCGACUGCGAGGCUUUGGAGUAAGAUUAUACAGACGUCGGGGGUGCCGGGAGCUCAGCUGCUUGGGGAUAUGACGAGCGAACAGCCGGUUGGCCCCAAUGGGUUUCAUAUGCGAGUUCCUACUAUGGGUAAUGCACAAGAAGACUAACUUGUAGAAGGCUGGUGGCUGUUGUAACAAUUUACACGGUCAAUACACAGUCUAUCCCAACAUCCAUGCUCUGCUGCCCAUAGUCAUUCACGUGAAACCACGGCUGUUAGUACCGGUAUGAUCUACCGUCUGUCCAAAUAAUUUUGUGGAACGACGUGUG